AUGUCGUAUUCCAUAUCAUUCUCAAAUCGGUCAAUACAAUUUAAAUGUACACACUAUAUCUACGACUACAAACAGCAGAGAUAAUCAACAAUCACAACUCAGUAAGAGACUGUGUCUCUUGACUGCCUGAACUGUUCAUUGCCUCGUAAUUACCAUAAUAUUUUUCAACAGUUUAAGAUCAUUUGAAAUAUUAGGAUACGUUAAGGAUAUUGACGUCAUCUCAGCUCAACAUCACAUAUUAUGUAAAAGUGAAAUUUAUUUUAUGUUUUAUGUUUCCUCGAAGAAACCAUGGCGAAAAUAUUUAAAUGAAUAUAUUUUUACGAAUUGAUUGAAUUGUCCGUGUGAAUUGUCUUAUCGACGUCAUUUUGUCGAUUAUAAUAAUGGCAAUUUGAUAAAGUCAAUAAGUCAGUACAGGCAGUAUAGAAUAUCACUACAGGUGUAUCACAAUCGCCAGUAUUAACAAAACUUAUAAAUAAAAUAAUAAUAAUAAUUGACUGUGAACACAUCUGUCCUACAUUUAAUUGCACGCGGUCGAGUUUCUAUUAAUUAUCAUAUGGCGCUGUGAUAUGCGCGUCUAUGUAAAUGAUCAUUUCACUUUGUUGAUCUACACCGACCUUACCGUAAGUUUCUUCGCACUUAGAAACGCGCAAGUGUUACGUUCAGGAAGCUAAAUGAUAUUAAUAUAAUUUUAAUUUUAUGUUAUUUAAAUCCUUGUGAUACUUAAAUAUUGCAAGAUCUACAGUGAAACAUGGAAAGAGUAAAAUGUACUGAAAUCUGUUAAUAGCACGUACUAUCACUCAUCGUAAGUGAUGAGUUCUAUUUUCUCUUAAACGAGAUUACUUUAAAUCAAGCUGAACCUGAUCUGAGAAGUUAUUACAAUUACAGCGCUCUUAGCACAAAUCUCUUAAAGUCAUUAAGGAGAAAUAUUGAUUUUGGAGAUGUUGAUGAUGCGUCUUCAAAUAAUCGUAGAUUAUGAGCAGAUUUUCACCAUAGUUUAAGUAUAGUGAAAGGGAUCAGCUUGCGAAGAGAUUGUUCGAUCGAUUGAUAGGAUACGGAAAACAUAACACGCGCGAUCUAUAGAUUGAACAGGAACAUAUAGGCGCAGAACCUUGACGAUCCCCCCCUCUCUUCUGCGGGGGACGGAUAACGAGAAGAGAGAGAGAGAGAGAAAAAUAACGAUGAAGAUACAUGAGUGAGGUGGAAACGAGAUAGCAUCAUCGCGAAAGGAACGCAGCGCGUUCGUCGACGCCCGUCGACGCUCGGCGUCGCUCGUGUGAUUCCGUCACAACAAGGCGGGGUUUAGGCGGGGUCGAUACGAGGUGCCUUCUCGUUUUCAUGCGGUGUCGUCGUUCUCUUAAUCGCGCGGGUAUCGGAACACCGCGGCGACUAUCAUCAUUGUUCAGCGUGAUGAUCGAUUUGCGCAUUCUCUUUUUCUUUUUUCUUUUUUCCUCUCUCUCUCUCUCUUUCCCUCCCACUCUGUUUUUCUCGAUAAUCGAGCAUUACCUGCGCCGUUCAUGCCUCCACGAACUUUUACAAGGAAGUUCAUAACAACGAUAUUACAUCGCAGCGCGACGCUCUCGCGCGAAAGUGACAUGCGGGGGAGGGGUGGAAACACGCGGGUGGGGAAACUCGAGAGGGGAAACGGAGAGUGCGCGCGCGCCCUUCGGUUCGACUCGCGCCGGUCGAUCGACGGUAGGUGACUAGAGGACGAGGACAGGCGGACUGACUACCGACGAGGAACGCGUGACGCGGUCGCGACGGCGAUCGGAGCGAGACGAGAUCGGAGCGCGUCGAUCGGCGAGCAGUCGAUCGCCGACGACGGCUACGACGAUCACGAUUAAUUCACGACGACGACGACGACGACUAGUGCGCGACACGCACAUACACACGACCGUUGCGUCGUUGGCCAUGACGGCUGAUGCCGGGACGUGAUGCUACGUGGCCGCCGCUGUCGUGAGCCGCCUAUCUAUUCGGAGUCAGAGCAGGAGGAGAAGGAGGAGGUGGACGACGACUCAACUGCGACUCGUGCAAGAGAGGAAAAGCUACCGCGAGCGACGACUACGAGCGACGGGCACUAUCGGACGCCUCGGGGCCGGGGCCGGGGCCGGGGCCGGGGCUGGGGCCGGGGCCGGGGUCGGAGCCGGGGCCGGGGCGCCGUUGCGAGCCGACGGACGGAGCAGCGUUGCCACCUCUUCACCGCGGACGCGGUCGCGACCACCGUUGCUGCCACCGCCGCCGUCGCACCGUCGUUGCCACGUCCGCCGCUACGUUCCUUCGCCGGGAACGACAACGACGACGACGACGUUCGCCUCAGUCACGCUGCUGCUGUUUCAGCACCGGCUAGCAACAUGGAGGCAAAGGAGAAAGAAAGGCCACUGGUCCAAGACUUAAACGAACAUAUCGUCUGCCCCCUGUGUAGAGGAUAUCUCAUAGACGCUACGACUCUCGUGGAAUGUCUACACUCCUUUUGCAGAGGCUGCAUUCUUCGUCGUCUGAGCAGCGGCGUCCGCGUGUGCCCCGUCUGCAGUGUCGCGGCAUCGCCGCAGUUGCUGCCGGACGUGCGCCUCCAACGGCUAGUAUACCUCGCAGUGCCCGGUCUCUUCCGAUCAGAGCUCGAGCGCCGGCGUCACUUUCGCCUGGUAAAUCCGCAAUGCCCGCUGCUCGCUCCUCCCGUGGGCGCCCUCGACCUCACUUUGGACGACUUCGUCAGUCUGAGUCUGCAGAAGCUAGAAGACGCGGAUGAUGAAAGCAAGUCGAAGGAGAGGCGGGACUCGUUGAUGAACGAUGACGAGGUGGUGCAGGAGGGUAGCGGCAGCACACGGUACCUCAAAUGCCCGGCCGCCGUGACGGUGCGUCAUCUGGUGCGUCUGUUAAUGCUGAAGCGGGGGUGGAAAGAAGCCAAUGCAGACGUCAAUGGCGUCAACAGUAGGAUAGAAAUCUUGUAUCAGGAAAAUGAUACACAACACUCCGACGAGGAGAGCACACUGCGUCCACUGGAUCCCUCUUGGACACUCCUGGAUCUUGCUUGCAUAUUUCAAUGGAAGAGGGAAGUGCCGAUGAAACUGUUCUACCGGAUACUGCGAAAGGAAGAGACAAUCUCGUCGCCGAAGAUAUCCGCGUACAAGGACGACGCGACGAAGGACGGUCCGCCAACGAUCGAAAACAUGCAGCGACCACCUACCCCGCCGCCGAGUCCCAAGCCCAGCCGCGAGCCGGAAGUGGAGCCGGCUCGCGCCGCGGAAACUCCACGCGUCCUCGAGACCGGCGUCGAUGUUCGUGACAAAGAGAUGACGAAGACGAAGAAGCCGCGCUGCGAAGUGACCCCCGUCAUGCGUGCUCCCGAUCCCCCGGCCACUAGUCUUUCGGCGGACAAUCAUCAUCGGUCGACGGAGGGCGUGAGAAGAAAAGACUUGAGGUUGGAGCAUCGAAAGCGACGGAAGCGACGAAAUAAACGGGUAAUCGCGGAGAUCACGACGACGCCGCGCGAGGAUUUACUGAAACUCAAAGUUCGCCUAACACCAUGUCCGCCAAGGAUCACCUCAAGCGCGGGAAGCGGCAGCACCGGCAGCGGAGGUAGUGGUGGCGUUGGCACAAGUCAGACGAAGGAAAAGCUGCUGCAGAUGCGGGCCGUCAGGCGCGAGAAGAUUAAAGCGAUCGGACAGCAACGAUCGGCAGCAGGUCCACUAACGCGCGACGAGAGUCCCAAGGAGUGCAGUACGACAGUGGAAAUGGAGGAGACGAUCGAGGAGAUCAUCGACAGCAUCCCAGACGAGGUGGUUUGUAUCGCCCAGAACAUUGGUACGCCGAACGAGAACGUUACUGAGAGAGUAAUCGGCAAGGAGGAGGCGGAAAAACCAACGAAGUCGGCGGAGGACAACGGCGAACCGGAAAGACCGAAGAAGGACGAGGAAAUCCUACGACGAUUGGGUCUCGUGGCGAUAAACGAGGCCGGUGGUGACAAGACGGCGAAGCAGCGCGUAUCGCAGAGCGGCGCCGACAGAUCGGACAGCUUGGAUUGUGAGAAGCUGGAGAAACAGUUGCGUGAGAGUAAGGCGAAUCGUGUGCGGAGCCUACUAGCGGAGAAGCAGAUGCGCGAUGCCCUGAAGAGCAUCAUGUCCAAGACAUCGAAGGAAGAACGGGUGUCGUCAUCCGCCACUGCUGCCGUUGUUGCGUCAUCACCGUCCGCGUCGGUUCCCGUGUCGGCGACAGCCGUGGCGAAGAAGAAGGAACCGCCACCGCUGGCGCCGCUACGCGUCGCGAAACCGUCCGGUUUCGCCACAACAAGCAGCGGCGGCGCGCUGCUGUCGAACGCCACUUCCAAGUACGAAACGCCGCUAGAUCUCAGUAGCGGUGGUGCCGCCAUUAAUGACAACAAUGUCCUCGAUUUAUCCGCUACGCUACCCAGCGGUGGGAUACCAACUUUCUCAUCUUCCUCGUCUCCCUCAUCCUCGUCUUCAUCAUCUUCUUCCUCACCCUCGUCUUGUUCAAUGUCAUCGUUAUCGGCAGCGAGACCGACACGGCCUGCAAUCGGCACCGCCAGCGGUUUUCUCCGCAAAUCCAAAGAACUCAAUCAGCAGCAGCACCAGCAGCAGCACCAGCAGCAGCACCAGCGUAGAGGCCAGGAGUCAAACCUGAGGACCCUCUCGGAUGUAGCAGUGUCCCGUCUAAGUAGCUGUUUGACCGAGAAAAGUCCAAGUACAAUGGAGUUGGCCUCAAUGGCGUUGGCCGCCACGAACAAGGUUGCAUUGCGGAUACCGCAGCCGCACCAACGCAUCUCCGGCUUCGGUAUGAAGAUCAAACCGAAUCUCGGCGUACGGCACAUCCCCAAUCCCCAAGCCGUCGUGGCUUCACAGUAUCGUAAUCAAAGGGCCAGUUACUUCAACACUGUCUCCCAACAGCCACCAUAAACACGAGUUUCUCAUCGUCGAUGUUGUUCAUCUCCUAUAGCCUACCUUCUUUUUCUUCCUGUUCCAUCUUCUCUUCUUCCACUAUUUUUUCACUAUUCUACUACUAUUCACUAUUUUUCUGCAUUUUAUUCAGUCGCAGUCCCAGUGCUGGGAGACAAAAUUUCUACACGACCAAAAUCCAAAGGCUGUAAUGUUACCGUGCGUUUCCUGUUCGUGUCUCUCCAGCGACUCGUUCGCAGCGACAUACGAUGGCGCAAUCAGGUCAAUUGGAAAAUACGUAACGAACCUUUUGGUGAAACUGAUAUGAGGAAUAUUUAAAUCACAUAAGUAAUCGGUGUAUUACAAUAAUUUCUAAAUAUUUUAUAUUAUUAUAUAUCGAGGAAUAUAUAAUAAGCCUUUAAUACGUCUCUCUGAUGAAAUAAAUACAAAUACCUAGUAUCAAGCUAAAAUUGAGAAAAAGUUUGCAAAUAUACACACAACGUGUCCAAUAACUCCCUUUACAGGAAUAAAGAGAGUUAUUGAACUUCGCACGAUUUUGAAUCAAGUUUCUCUUUACAAAUCAAAUGUAACAGGCGCGAUAUUAAUUAUAAAUGAGCGUCCAUAUCUGUCCUUAUCAGACGAUACGUGAAUAGGUCCGCCUUUGACCUGAUUGUAUCAUCGCGCGUCUUUUGAAGGUAAGGGAGGCCGAUUGCACAUCGGAUUAUCGUUACCUAGAUAUAUCAAAACUGUGUAUGUCUGUAAUAAUGUAUGCCUGACCUGUGUCGCGGUCUAUACUUACUAUGGUUACCGACGGAUCGAUCUGACAAACGAGCUCUCGUAAGGAAAAUUCGUGACGUGUCCAAUAUUCGAAGACGCGAAUUAGUUAGCAUAUACAUGUAUACAUAUACAUAUAUGUAUAUCUCGAGAAGUGAUAGUCGGUGAAUGGAUGGAAACGAUGAUAAGAGCGAAACGGAUAAUGCAAGUGUAGACAUUCGUCGUUUCCUGCGAUAGGACUGUGCGAGGACUCGUGAAGCACGUGAGAAUUGAAGGAGGAAGUUCAAAUUUGACUCGAGUACUCGAAGGUUUCUGGUCUACUAUAGUCGAAUAGAUCGAAGCAGUUGUUGUUAGCAUCAGGCUGAACGUAACUACCUUCGUGCAUUUUUGUUAUAUAAUAUUCACAUAUUUUAAUUAAGUAUCACAUAUCACGCUCGCGAUUAAUCCAACAUCGCGCGCAUGUUGUUUCCUUGAUUCCUCUUCUUAAAAGAAGGUUCACUUUUUUGUUUAUUGCAGAAGUUCCUUGCGACUCUAUGUAUUACUGUACAAUGCUGUUGAUUUUUUUUAAGUUGUUUACUAGUUGAUUUAUUAUGUUUGUAGGAUAUUUUUGGGAGUAUAUUUGUUCUGAAGACGUUCGAGAUAAUUAAAAAAAAAACAGAUAAAAAACGAUUAUUUAAUAUUAGAUAUUGUAUUAAGCAGUUAAAGAAUGAUUAUGAGAGUUACGUAUGUGAUUAAAUAAUGGCCAAUCUCAUUUGGUGGGUUCCAAAGAUGUAAGUAUAAAAUAAUAGAACCUAAUUCCGUGCAAUCCCGAGAGGAGGAUCCUAUUUGCGUACGUUAGGUGAAUGUUAUUCUCAGGAAAUCUAGCGAGAGAGUUAAACUCGUGUACGGAGUGGAGCAAGACCCGUUUCUCUCGAGUGUUCGCACGGGCCUACGCAUCGGGUAAUUCUUUUCUUCUUUCUCAGAAGUUACGCGACUAGCGAAAUGUAAUGUAUAAUAUAAUAAAUCGUAGAGAUGCCAAAGAACGCCAGAAAACGUGUGCAAUGUAUUAGUGCAAUUUAGUUAUCAUCUAGCGUAAACGUGUAAUCGAUCGGUUGUACGGCGAACUAUGAUGCCGUUGACUAAUUACUCGAAAACUCGUGGUAAAAGAUGAAUUAGAUAGAAUCGUAACGAACACAUAAACGAGAAUUUGCGUAUGCGCGAUUUGUGAUUCCCCGGAGAGACUCCGUAGCGUAUAGACAUGUAGGAGGAUUACGAUGUUUUUAUAACAGCACGUUUUUGCGAAAUUUAUAAAGAAGGAUCUGUAAAUCCGAAGUAAAUCGUGACAGGAUAUUCCGCGACGUGCGAUACGAUGACCAAAAAUCAAUGCGUCUUCUGACUGACAAAUAUAUUAAUGCUUAGGUAUUAUAUCGAUACCGUAAAUGGUAAAAGAACCGUAAGUUGAGAAUUUCAUACAACGUUUGCAAAAAUAAAAUCUCAGCCAGUUUCGUUUAAAUUCCUUUGAAUUCGUAUAACGUGUUGUAUUGCAUUUUUUAUAUCAGAACAAUUUGCGAUAUACGUUUAUACUCAAAGUUUAGAAGAAAAACUCAUUCUUAAUGUUUUUUCCAAGAUUCCUAUGCGCAUUAUAUUGAUGGUAAAAGCAGUUAUAGGGUAGUUUUCGAAUUAAAAAGUUCGAGGAUUUUAUUCAAAUCUACAUUUGUGAGAAAUGUCUCAAUUUUAUUGUAAAUUUUGAAUAAUGUAAAAUAUGAGUUUUUAUAUAUCCCUCGCUCAGCGGAAUGUUUUAACAAGAAAUAUAGAUAUCAGCAUCGUGAAUAAAUCAUCAUACAUUGCAAGAGCAAAUUAGGUCACGAAUAAUAGAAAAUCAAAUGAAUAACCUUCAUAAAUCGCAGAAAAUAACGACCAAAAUGUAACAUUAACAUUAGGAAAAUUUUUCAAGUUUAAUUCGAUAUUGAAGGAAUAAUUGUAAGUCUCGGAAUUUCUCUUCCGCAUGACUGCUUCUUAAAAUGCGAAUAAUAAAAUGCGGAAGUGUUCGUAAAAUUCAGAUCUGCUGCUACAGGUUUACGAUGUAAGGUGGAGUCAAUACAAUCGUUCUCCGACAUAUACAUAUAUGUUGGACGGUAUAUUGGCAAAGCUGCACGCACGUGAAACGGACUAUUACGAUUUUAGAAAUAAAAACCAUGCGUAUUCGAUAAUAAAUUGUUUAAAGUGGUUAUAGAUUUUUUUUAACGAUCGUUUCCUUGUUAUUAUAUUUGUAUUAUUUAUAUUAUAAUUGUCAUUUUUAGACUCCCUAUAUAUGAAGAUGAUGUUGAGUAUAUGUUUUCACCAAUAAAUAUUUCGGUGCAACAACUUAAACUCCAUUUAGAUGAAGUCGUUAGACGUGUCCGUGUGAAUUUUUCGGAUUAUUAUAUUUGUUGCUAAAAAUCAAUAAUUCAUUAUGAAACGGUAGGUAUUGAGAAAACGUUGAGACAUAUUUAUAAAGAAACAAACGUACUUACGCUCCUAAAUUUAAUAUACAAAGUCAUUUUCCAUUUUUUAAUUAACAAUAUCAAUUCAUUAAAUGAAACUGUAUUAAAACACAAAAGCAAUGAUUGCUAUCAAAAGAUUAAGUGUUAAAGUACAUAACUGACAGUAAUAAUAAGUAACUAUCUUAAAUGCCAAAUAAGAUAACUGACUCCAAAAAAUAACUUUGAAUUUAUUCCAUCGAAUUUUAGAGUAAAAAUUUAAAUAUCUUAUUUUUUUAUUCUUUUAUUUUUCCUGAUUUUUAAUAUUAUAAAUAGAUAUUUUUAUGUACUUACAUGCUUCCUAAUUGUAGCAGGGAUAAUAAUAAUAAUAAUAAGUAAUAAUAAAUGACUCAAUAAUGCAAGCAAAAUCAUCGCGAUUAAAAUUUUAUCUUAGAGUGGACGUUGUAUAUGUGUGUGUAUGUGUCACAUACAUGUACGGUUAGUAAAGCAUGCAGUAAAACUUACGAAAAGAAAGAAAAUCAAUAAAUGAAUGGGACAUACAAAAAAAAAGGUAAUAUUAAUUAGCAGAAUAUAGCGUGAUAAAAUGGGUGUAGUAAAAAGAGGAAAGAGAAGAGGAACAGUUAAUAGAUGUGAAAAACGAAGAAAGCAAAAGGGAUAUCGAAAAGUUAACGAUAUCGUCAACGGUGGAAAAACCAGCGAAGAAUUUACGUCAAUUAUCGAUGCACUUUCCCUCGUCCGAUAUUGAAGCGAUACGUGACGCUUCUGACGAUACGAGAGAAAAAAAACAAAUCAAAACUGCCACUUUGAUUGCGAGCGGGAGCUGAUUGGCUAGCUCUCGCUUUCACUCGCGGCAAAAGAUUUCAAAGAGGGACCCAGAUAUAAUAUUUUUCUACGCGCGUUUCUAAAUACAACUGUGAACCGUUUCAUUAUUCCGCGAGUGUCACGACGGAGUUAUUGUAAAAACUACAUACUAACAAAAGUGGCACAAAAAUGUAAACGAUAAAUCCGGACAUUUUUAGUUUUUUUACAGCUAUUUCUUGUCAUAUGGCCAUUUGUUAUAAAUAAAUGGACGAAAGUGGAGUCUUGGUACAAGUCCACCAGUCUCAGGUCGAUGGAAAUUUUAACGCACGUUCACGCAAGGACACCUCACUCAAGACUCGAGUAAAGAGGCCCAUGACUUAUUGUUAGCUUCAUGUGGAUUCUGCUUUAUGAUGCGAAUCCUAUGGUUCAGCUCACAACUUCCCAUCAAAGACAGUAUUUUGCCAUUACAUUAAAAAUUUUACAUAGCGAGAUUAUGCGUUUCAUUGCACAGUAUAUGUAUUGCUCAACACAGUAUAUAUAUUGCUCAACACAGUAUAUAUAUUGCUCAACAAUGUAGACACGCAUUCGGUUCAAUUGACAAAUCUGGAUAUAUGUAGUUCCGAAAAUUUCCAAUCUCUGAUGUUCAUGAAAUUCCAUGUAAAACCUGCUUAAUGACCAGGCUUAGUGAGAAGUUGCGAGCCGAACUGUACAACCCUGAACUGUUCGUGAUUUGAGAACAUCAUUUGAGAUGUGGUUCAACAAUGGGUGCGUUUAGGAGACACCAACAUUGUGCAAUCGUUGGGUGAGCGUUCACUGAGCAAAACGUGAUCAUUGAGAGUAGUUACAAAACAUUAAAAAAAAAAUAUCAUCCGCUCAUCUUUGUUUUGUUCAAUCAAAGUACGGUGAUGAUCAGUAGCGACGAAGUUUGACUAGACAUCUAGUUCGAUAACGGAAAUUGCUUUACGGACCCGCGUUCAGAGACGCGCGAUCGCUAGAGCAAUGAUUCAAAGUAGCUGUGUUCGUUCGUGAAACCCAAAAACCUUUAAAAAUCACUCGCGCAUAACAGUCAUCAAGUCCUUAUCAUCGUCAAUUAUCACUAACAGCAAGCGCGUCGUGUAUAAAAUAUUCCAUUUGAAUGGACGUGCUCGCAUUCGAGCAGUCUAGUACACAUUAAUUACCAGAGAUCAUUAUCGUGAUGAUUUUGAUUGACAUUAAGUCAAAUUGUAACAAUGAAACGAUACAUUCACGUAUCGUCCGUCAUCCAUGUUUGCGGUGUACACCCGGAUAUAUUAAUGGCGUCCGGUAUGCCCACAUUCGCGAAGGUAUUUCGCUAUCCGUGAUUGUCCAAUUUUUUAUUUUUUACUAGCAUGGAACGAUUGGAAUCAUGUAGUUGAUCGUACAAACAAAAACAUUCUCUUUGCAAAAGAACUUCUGAUUAAAUCUUAAAUGAGCGUAUUAAACACUGAGCAUUAAUAUAACUAAUUAAUAUAACGAUAAGUCACGUAAGCAUUCUUGUCUUUACGCGAAUUUUAUGCUAUGUUAAAUAUGCCAAAUAUCACAAAUUUCUUAUUACAAUUAUAUGGAAAAUGUUAAAUCCUGCGUAAUUGAUUGAUGUAAAUGCAAGUCGAAGGCUUGUUGAAUCAGUUUAAGUUACUUAGUCAUCAAUGAUAUAACGUGAUAUGUACGCACAUGUAUGCAUGUAUAUGCAUAUAUGCCUAUGCGGCACGUUGUAACAAUGGCAUAAAAGUAUCGCAAGAAACAUUAUAACAAAGAUAAGUUAAUUUGUGAAAAGAGAAAGAAGAAACGUUUCUUGACUAAAAUUAGGCCUAAGCACACGUCUCAUAUUUAAAAAGAAAGACGAAAGCUGUUAAUAGCAUCUUUCAGAUCGUUUUCUUUCCAUCUUCCACGGGUACUUUAGGUAUGUAUUUGUUCGGCAUCUAAAAAGAAGAGGGAAAUUUUAUAGAAUCUGUGUUGUACCUGGAGAGACCUUGGAAAAUUUCGGUGCGAUUAGAGGUGCGUAUAUGUAUAUCAUAAUAUAUCUCAUUGUAAUUGUUCAAGUGUUCUAAAUCAGCACUAACGAGAGCCAAGUUUAGCAUGACAAAGGCAAAAAAAAUAAUAAAGUGCCGAGUAUGGAAAUGCGAGGAUGAUGUAGUAGCAAUUGUUGUGUGUAUUCGCGUUAGCUUGUCUAUUCCGUCGUUUCCGUUAAAACUGUUCAGAGGAAUAUCAUAUUGCAUUCCACAUAUUGUAGGAUUACUGUUCGUAAAUAAAUAUAAUAAUAUGUAA